UCUUUCUUUUUACAAAGCAUCCAUCUUUUAUAUCUCUCUUCUCGUUCUCUUCGUCUCUCUCUAGCCCACGCAGUACUCUCUGUCUCUCUCACAUGGCUUUUCGUCUGAAAACCGUUUUUGGGUUUAUUCGAAACCGCCAAUACAGACCUCCAUUCGGAACCAGCACAGGAAAGUAGAGAACAGAAACAAAAUCUUAAUCCCAUUUGUUUUCAUUGUUUGUUUUUUCGUUCAGGAAUUGCCCAAUGGCUGUGGUUUUUGACUCUGGGUCAGGGUCUCUGGUAUUGUGGUUCAUUUCGCUUCUGCUACUCGGUGGAACAGUCAAGUCGGAGCCGACCCAGGACAAGCAAGCCCUCCUUGCUUUUAUCAACCAGACCCCACACGCGAAUCGUGUGCAAUGGAACGCGUCCGGGUCAGCGUGCGACUGGUUCGGAGUUUUUUGUGACGCGAACCGUUCCUACGUAUCUACUCUCCGGCUCCCCGGGGUCGGCCUUGUGGGAACGAUUCCACCAAACACUCUUGGCCGGCUUAGUCAGCUUCGAGUGCUCAGUCUUCGCUCGAACCGCCUCUCCGGUGAGAUCCCCCCCGAUUUCUCCAAUCUCACCCUCCUCCGCAGCCUUUACCUCCAAAAUAACGAGCUAUCCGGUGAGUUUCCACUCACCUUGACUCACUUAACUCGAUUGACUCGUCUCGAUCUCUCGUCCAACAACUUAACGGGUCCAAUCCCAUUCUCAAUCAACAACCUUACCCACCUGACUGCUCUUCUCUUACAAAACAACGGAUUCUCGGGUACAUUACCGAGCAUCGCAGCCGGUUUGGAUAAAUUCAACGUCUCGUACAACCAUCUCAACGGUUCCAUUCCCGAAACGCUAGCGAAAUUCCCAGCAUCUGCAUUCGCCGGAAACUCUGAUCUCUGUGGGAAGCCACUGCCGCCGUGUAACCCAUUCUUUCCAUCACCGGCUCCAUCACCGUCAGAGAAACCAGGCACGAACCCAGUUAAGAAAAAGUCCAAGAAGCUCUCCACAGUCGCUAUAGUCUUAAUAGCAGUUGGUUCAGCCGCGAUAGCCUUUCUUCUACUGGUAUUCCUCUUGCUCUGUCUCAAGAGACGACACCGUCAGCGAACAGCGAAAUCUCCGAAGCCGCCGGCUACGACGCGUGCGAUACCGGUGGAGGCAGGGACAUCGUCGUCGAAGGACGACAUCACGGGUGGGUCCACCGAGGCGGAGAGGAACAGGUUGGUGUUCCUCGAAGGUGGGAUUUAUAGCUUUGACUUGGAGGACCUGUUGAGAGCCUCAGCGGAGGUUUUGGGGAAAGGAAGCGUGGGGACCUCGUACAAGGCGGUGCUGGAGGAAGGGACUACAGUGGUGGUGAAGAGGCUCAAGGACGUGGUGGUGACCAAGAGGGAGUUCGAGAUGCAAAUGGAGUUGCUGGGGAAGAUUAAGCACGAGAAUGUGGUUCCUCUCAGAGCUUAUUACUAUUCCAAGGAUGAGAAAUUGCUCGUUUCUGAUUUCAUGUCUGCCGGAAGCUUGUCCGCCCUUCUUCACGGGAGCAGAGGGUCUGGCCGUACGCCAUUGGAGUGGGACAACCGUUUCAGAAUAGCACUGGGUGCCGCAAGAGGCCUCGCCCAUCUACACUUAUCGGGAAAGGUUGUCCACGGUAACAUAAAGGCCUCCAACGUUCUCCUCCGACCCGACCAAGACGCGGCCGUCACGGACUACGGGAUCAACACGCUGUUCGGUACAUCGACCCCGCCCAACCGCGUUGCCGGAUACCGUGCCCCGGAGGUGGUGGAAACCCGGAAGGUGACGUUCAAAUCCGACGUGUACAGUUUCGGGGUGUUGCUGCUGGAGAUACUGACGGGGAAAGCACCGAACCAGGCGUCGUUGAGCGAGGAGGGCAUAGAUCUUCCUCGGUGGGUCCAGUCCGUGGUUAGGGAAGAAUGGACGGCGGAGGUGUUCGAUGCGGAGCUGGUUAGGUACCACAACGUAGAGGAAGAGAUGGUCCAGUUGCUGCAAAUAGCAAUGGCAUGCGUUUCAACGGUGCCGGAUCAUAGACCGGCCAUGCAAGAAGUGGUGAGGAUGAUGGAGGAUUUGAACAGGGGCGAGACCGACGAUGCCUUACGACAGUCGUCUGAUGAUCCGUCCAAAGGAUCGAGCGCUCAUACGCCUCCUUGAUGAUCCGGCGAAAGGAUCGGACGGUCAUGUGCCUCCCCCAGAGUGCAUGGCCCCCACCUUUUAUGAAUUAAAAAAUAGGGGACCAAAGCAGCAGCUAAAAAGACAACGAACGUGGUGGGUCUCAUUAAAAAUUACGAAAAAAGAAGUGCACAGUGAUUUGGCGUUUGGGGUAGCUCGACCUCAAUAUGUGGGUUUUUACUUUUUUUUUUUUUAAUUUUUUUUUUAAAUUUUCAAUUAAUUUUUUGGGAGUUUAUUUUUAUUUUUAAAAAGAAUUUAAUUUGAAUGAUUUUUACAGGUUGGGGGGAUGCUGAAUUGUUAAUGAAGGUGGGUUUGGGGGGGGGGAGUUCCAUGAACAGAUUGGAAUUUGACCAUUUGAUGGAAUUAGUUUGGUUUCUUUUUUGUUUCUCAAAUUGUCAAGUAGUGUCUACAUACUCCAUAUGUAAUUGGAGUUUUUGUUGCUGAUAUGGGAAUCGAUUGAU